CCUGUUGCGAGUGACAAUAAUGAUAGGUAAUGAACACUUUCGACUUUGCAACGCAGACAAUCAAAUCACACGCAGACUCGCGACUGAAUGAACCAUCGACCAUCGCAGUCAGAGUGAGCUCGCCUGUCGGAGCUCAUCCCUGCUUCUCAGCUUUGGCAGCAUCGACGUGAGGUCGUGGAAAGGGGCGGGGGGAAGGGACAGUCCAUCGUCAUCAUCAUGGGCAUCUGGAGCAGGAUCGCCAGCCUAUUUCAGCGCCGCAGCCUCGAGCUCGCUCCGCUCACGCUUGCCUACGCAGGACCCGAUUCUCGCGAGCUGCAACAGGUGGAUCUGUUCCCUGCCGAGCGAGUGCGGUCAGCUCGUGCGAGCUCAAGUCGCAGUGUGGAUGGCGCGGCAGGCGAGGAAGGGGCACCGCCGCCACCGCCGCCCUUGUUGAUCUUCAUCCAUGGAGGUGCUUGGCGGAGUGGAGACAAGUCAGAUCACUACAGCAUGGCGCGCCACCUGUCCAAACGUGGUGUGUCUGUAGCGCUGGUCAAUUAUCGUCUUUCUACGGCAACAGGAGGACAAGUGUUGCAUCCAGCGCACGCACACGACGCGUUCAGAGCUGUAGAGUUUCUGCUCGUCGAGGAUCCCAAGCACCCACCAGAGGAAUGGCGAAAGACUUUUGAUGCGUCGAGAACUGUGCUGGUUGGCCACAGCGUCGGAGCGCACAUGGUGGCAGCGAUGAGCUUGAAUGCCGCAAGCAAAAGCACGACGUCUGAAGCGGACGCAGUUGCACCCAUGCCAAGCCUAGGCAGACAGGCUCGCGGGCGGAUCAGGGCAUGGGUAGGCGUGUCUGGCAUAUACUCCAUCAUUUCCAUGCUGCGCGCAUAUCCUGAGUACAUCUCAUUCGUGGAGCAAGCGUUCGGUAAUGGCGCGCAAAAAGGAGACGCAGCAGAGCGUUAUCUCCCAGCAUCGCUCGAAUCCUGGACGCUCGCCAUGCCGGGGACGUAUGCGGCACCGGCGCACAACGCACCCAAAGUGCACCUUUUGCAUUCUAGAGAGGAUGAGCUUUUGAGCGUAGGGCAGACCACAGAGGCUGCUGAGCAUCUUCAACGCUUGCUCGAGACCCAAGGUGGCUCCGUCACGGUCGACUUAGACAGCUACAAGGGCACCCACGAUGGCAGCCUACAGACUGAAGCCUACUUCGAGACGCUGCUGAGCAUACUGAAGCAGGAGCACAUCUUGUAGGUCGUCACUUCGCUCCCAAUCAGGCGCUAGAUGGGGUCAAGUCCAGCAAAGUCUCCCCUGAUCAGAUAGAUUGCCGCCUCGCACGGUCUCUGUAAUGAAUGAAUGGCACCUGAAAGCGGCCGCAUUGAAGAUCAUACCGGUGUGUAGGUAUCAAAACGCUCUAGUCACCUAUACAUAG